UCUUCCCACAUGUGUUUGUAUCAGACAUCGGCUCAAUCGGUUGCGCGAACCUCGUGGUCCUCGACUAAGACAGAAAUUAUGCGCCCCGUUCAAAUUUCAAUAGUGGAUCGUCGAAAUACUGUGGCUAAAUAAUUUGUCUCCCUAUUUAAAAUAAUUUUAUAAUCAUGGACGUAAAAACCGCUUUCAAAAGAACUGUCGAAUUGAUUUUUAAAAAUUGGACUGCAUUGCAGCUUGCAGGUGUAUUAAGCGGCGUAGGCAACUACAAAGUUCUUCAGCUGGCGGAUUACGUUGCGGAACAGUGCCUCGCUAAAGCCAGUAUCGAAGAAGAGGAAAUCGAGGACACGCUGACUGACAUCCUGGACUCGGAAUUCCAGACAAUUUGUGAAGAUGGCUCGCCGCUGGAAGUGAGCAGGGAGGUGUGGCGUAUUCACCAGUUGUACAAGGCCGGCAACAUUGAGCAGCUGAACGUCGAAAUCCAGCAAUUGCAGAGCCAGCAGCAGGAAAAUACGGUGAAAGAGAUGCCGAGUGAGCCACCGGUUUCUUCCGACAGUGAAAGCGAGGCUGGGGACAAUAAUUCUUCCGAGCCGAUGGAAGUGUCCGAUCCCGCGGACGAGUGGACGGUCGUGCGAAGAGGGCGGAGACACUGAUAUUUGUGUUUGAAAUAAAGAGGCAAAUUUUGUUUCACAAAUUGAUGAAUUAUCAA